AUGCAUCUCCAAAAAUCCCUCACCUUCAUCAUCCCCCUCCUCCCCCUAACCCAUACCCAAUCCACCCUAACAACAACAACCACCACCCCCUGCGGUCCCAUCCCCUCCUGCCCAACCAAACACUUCUGCACCACCGCAACAUUCUACACCCCCACCACCACCUACAUCACCACCUGCGUGCCCACUCCCACCUGUCUGACCGUUUACGCGAACUGCAUCUCGGGCGGUGGCGGCCCGGCCUGUUGCUCGGGGUAUUGCGCUGCGACGAAAUGUCGGUCUACGGAUCCGGAUUGGCCGGGUUGUAGUGAGGAUGAGGGGGUGUGUAGGGAUGAUGGGGAUUGUUGUUAUGGGAAUGAAUGUGUUGAUGGGCUUUGUGAGAGGGAGACUUGAUUCUUUG